GUGAAGAUCGAGCCUUGCUAUGUCUGCGGUUCGCCGUGCUACCCCGGUCAUGGCACCAUGUUCGUGCGCAACGACGCCAAGUGCUUCCGCUUCUGCCGGUCCAAGUGCAGCAAGAACUUCAAGAUGAAGCGCAACCCGCGCAAGCUCAAGUGGACCAAGGCGUUCCGCAAGGCGGCGGGCAAGGAGAUGACGGUCGACUCGACGCUCGCGUUCGAGAAGCGCCGCCACGUCCCGGUCGUGUACGACCGCGACCUCGUCCAGGCCACGGUCGCCGGCAUGAAGCGCAUCGCCGAGGUCAAGGCCCGUCGCGAGCGCGCCUUCUUCAAGGCGCGCAUGGCGGCCGCCAAGGACGGCCAG